AUGCCUGGAGCAAAUACUUCAUGGCCUGGCCGUCUGCACGAUCAUCCCGUGUUUGCUGGAGUUGAGCCUUUGCCGGGAUCUGAGAAGACGGAGGUGAUCGCUUUGAGGGGAACGGAGGUCUUUGUUGCUGUGGGAGACAAGGUUCGCUGGGCGGAUCUGAGGCCAGUGAAGCUAAAGGAGAACAGUGCAUUGGAUUACAAGACUCUUGAUACACCAGAAAUUCACUUUGGCAUCAGGCAGCUAGCUAUCAGUCCCAAUGGACGUCAAUUAGCUGUUAUCGGCGAGGAACAAGUUGCGGCCAUUACUGUUCUUCCGGCAGAGUACCUCAAGCAAGGCGCCGCUUGCAAGACUCGGAUCGUCGGCCGCAUGCACCAUAACAGCAAUUCCGGUGCGACAGUCGUGAAGACGCUCUGGCAUCCGCUCUCGAGGUCGGGUCAGACGUUGCUUGUCCUCGGCUCUGAUACAUUCCUCCGAAUGUACGAUUUGUCGUUGUCGUGCGAGGAGCCUGAACAGACACUCCGAUUCAUGGCACCCCAACCCAAGCGCCGAGGAUUCGUGUUAGAGGAGGAAGAGGUUGAGGCUGCGUCCAUGUGCUUUGGUGAUGCGAAUGGCUGGGGGCUCACAACCGUGUAUGCGCUUAUGAAGAAUGGCGAUGUUUAUGCUGCGUCGCCGGUUGUGCCGAAGCAUUCGGUGUGUGAGCGUAAGUGGUUGGAUCAGCUUGUCGUUUCGGUACAGGCUAGUCAUGAUGAUAGCGAGGACGGGAAGCUGAGGACGCGCUGGGUUAAUGAUGUUGUUGGACAGGCGAAGGCGGACGACAUGGGUUUGGGCUCGCCAUCAUUGGUGAAUGGGGGACUCGAUACCACUCUUGUCGGAUUCAGGAAACCUAACGGGACUUACAAGGUACCUGCGAUUCAAGGUCCUUUCUUGUUCCAGCCUGCUCCUUUGUACUUCUCUGAUGAUGAGAUCUACGCAACGGAUAUCACCUAUGUUUCUUCAGGUUUCAUCGGAGUGCUUGUCAUUGCAUCCAGUGACGGAAAGCUUGACGUGUGUUUGGAUGUCGAACCGGUCGAGGCAAUGUGGGCCAAUGCAGGACAAAACUGUCCGGUGGUCAGCGUGUACGAGUCCAUCAACCUUGGACUUGAGAAAUAUGCAAACAAGUUUGCUCCUGUUUUGUUGAAAGACGAGCAUGCCCCCGGGAUCUUCUACAUCAAACAUUGUGCCGGUGUACAUCAGAUCAACGUCUCAACCUGGCUCGCCGCACUGCAACAAGAAGACGUCGAGGACGUCGUAAGAGAGGGCGAAAGCAGCGAAGUCAGCAUCCUUCUCAACACCGACGCCGCAAAGACCGGCGAAGCCACCCCCGCCGUCGGCCUCGCAGUCUUAUUCGACUCGUACCUAGGAUACGGUACCAUCGCUGUCUUGAGCACAGGUCAAGUCGUAGUAAAUGAAUUGGAGUUUACGAACUUGGGACACGAGUCGGAUGAUGAGGAGCCUAUGACCCCCGAAGCUGUGGAUAUGGAAGAUCCGAUUAUGAAUGGACCGAGGUAUAUGUCUUUGUUGUCGAGGCCUGCAUACACUAAACCGGCUGCGUUGAGUGCGCCUAAGGCUGUGUCACAGUUGGUUGUGCCAGUGAGUAUGAAGGGUCCUUUGGUGCCUAAUGAGACUUCGUUGAGGUUCUUGGCUACGGUUAUUCAGAAGAUGAGGGAGGAUAUUCGGAGGGUGUUUGAUGCCGGCAGACUGAUGCAGUCGAGGCUCGAAUCACAACAGAAAGAGUACUCCCGCCAAUUGGCCAAGUUGAAUGAUUUGGCGAGGAAAUUGAAGGAGGGUUGUGGUUCGGAGGUUAUUAGUGAGCGCCUGCAGGGAGCUCUUGACAGACAGAAGGAUUUGGAGAAGAGGGCGGAUGCGUUGUUGCAGAAUCUUAUUGCGACACAUUCGCCUGCAUUGAGUGAUGUUGAGAAGAAGUGGUUUGUCGAGUUGAAGAGGAUGAAUAACAAGGUGGAGGGUAUGAAGGGAUAUACGGGGCGCCUGGAGGCCGCGAAGGAGCGAUGGAACGAGGUGCAAGAGAGUUUACGAUUGAAAAAGGAGCAAGUCAGGAUCAUUGGUGGAAGCGAAGAUGGUGGUGUGGGGACGCCGAUCAAACAGGGCGAAGCGAGGGAAUUGAAGGCGAUGUUGGAUGAAGAGGAGGAGAUGAUUGCGAAGACGAAGAGCAAACUGGAGCGAUUGCUAGAGAAAUCUUUGAAAGCUUAA